AUGCCGCAGAAUGCCUUCACGCCCUUCGCUCACAUCUCACGCCCAGUGGCGGAGGAGUUCCUGAAAAGCAUGAGGCCGCGGAGGCCGAGCCUGUCCGAAGUGCUGGAGAACCACCUCCAAGAGGUGGAGAUUUCGACUGGGCUCAGAGGGACCUGCUUUUUCCCCUUUGAUCCCUAUCGUUUGGCACACUCCAACAUUUUCCUGAUGGGGAUCUACCGAGUCUGGGAGCAUGGGGACGAUGGCUUUGAAGAGGAAUCCCACGUGGAUGAUGAAUUUGGCGCGGGGGAGCGGCGUGAGGCUGCAGAGGCCGAGUCGAUGGAGGACGUGGACGAAGAAGACUUCACCGACGAAGCAGACGUGGCCAGCCGUCGACAUGCUGCCUUCCUUGUGCUGCUGUGGCUUCUUGCUUUCAUAGAGCUGGAGUUGGCAUCAAAGAACAGAGACACACCUGAUGGCCAAUGGCGGGUAUACCCGAAUGAAAUUCCAGGGGACUUUUUGGCGAAGCUGGGCCGAUCCGUUUGGGCCAAGUUGGCAGGCUGCCAACAUCCUGAGGAUGGUGAUGGCAGAGGCCAACCGGAUGGUCUGGAUGUGACGGACCAGCCACGUGUGCUGCCAGCUGAUUGCGCGGACGUUCCGCCCGGACAAGCUUGCAGAAUUUGCUUGGAGGAGGGAGGAGAACUCCUCAGCCCAUGUGUUUGCCGCGGCUCUGCCAAGUAUGUGCAUCUCGAUUGCAUCGAAGCUGCCUUCCGAGCCAGGGGCCUCCUGCUGGAUUUGGCGUGUCCCACCUGCAAGCACCACUACGAAGGACCAGCGGCUGUUCGAUUGGGCGCAGUUGCCCUCUCUGAGCUACAGACCCGUUAUGGGGAAGGGCAUGCCGUGGUCGGAGCAGCCUUGCAUAACUUGGGCGUGGCGUAUGGUCUUUGUGGAGAUGCAUAUCAAGAGCGUGUCCACUUGGAGAAAGCCUUGGAAAUCCAGGAGCGCGAGUUUGGGCCAGAUCACUGCGAUGUGGCGACCACGCUCUCCAACCUUGGCAAUGCGUACGACCGCCUUGGGAACAUCAACAAACAAAAGGAACUUUUGGAAAGGGCCCUUGCCAUCAACGAGAGGGAGUACGGUCCGGAUCACCAUGUUGUGGCCACCACCUUGGUGAACCUGGGGAGUGUCUACGGAAGGCUUGGAGAGCACGAGACGCAACGUGACAUCCUCGAGCGGGCCCUUCGAAUCAUGGAAGCGGAGUUUGGUGUCAACAGUCACAAGGUGUCAGCUAGCUUGGUGAAUCUCAGCCUUGCCUAUGGAGCUUUGGGUGAUGUCAAGGGACAGCGUGACCUCUUGGAGCGAGCCUUGAAGAUCAACGAGCAGGAGUAUGGUCAUGAUCACCGGGCGGUGGCCAACACGCUCCUCAACCUAGGCAACGUCUAUGGGUGCUUGGGUGAUGUCACCGCCAAGCGGGACCUGCUGGAGCGUGCUUUGAGGAUCAAGCAAAGGGAGUUUGGAGCUGAACAUGCUGAAGUUGCCAAAGCGCUAGUCAGCCUCGGCAACGCAUACGGUGAUCUGGGCAACGUAGAUCAUCAGAAAGAGCUGCUUGAAAAGGCUCUCAGCAUACAGGAGAGGCACUUCGGACCUGAUCACUGGGAACUGCUCAGCUCCUUGACUGGCUUGAGCAUGGUCUACGACCGCAUGCGAGACUUCCACCGAAAGAAGGAGCUGCUGGAGAAGUCGGUCAGCAUCAUGGAACGCAGCUUUGGCAGCGACCACUACAACGUUGGUGUGAUCUUGGCUGCCUUGGCACAGACCUGUGGCGACCUGGGCGACUUCCGGCGGAAGAAGGUGCUUCUGGAACGCUCUGUGCGAAUCAUGGAGCUGAAGUUUGGGCAGCAGCACCGCAACGUGGCAGUCUACCUGGUUGAAAUCGCCCAAACUUGUGACAAGUUGGGUGACACUGAAACCCGGGACCAGUUGCUUCAGCGCGCAGGGCAGAUCGAGGAGUCCGAGCGGCUCCGCAGCUCACCGGGCGGCUCCGGGCGCUUCGCAGGUCGCCUGCGCUUGGCUCGUUGGGUCCUGGGUUGCCCCAUGCGCUCCGCACGCGGCGUCGCGAGCGUGGGGUGCCGCUGCCCAAAGAGGAGUUCUCCAUAG